AUGUCGCCACCGCCUCGCCGCCGUGGACGUGGGGGUCGAGGAGGUGACCGUCGUCUUAGUAUUGACAAUACUAUUGCAACUUCCAAGAACCGUGAACGAGGCAGUAGCAUUCAUAAACGCGGUGGAGGGCGUGGGGGUGGAGGCGGGUCAUCUACUGUCUCGUCUUCGUCUGCUGUCAAUUCGGUGAGACCCACACGUACCGUGAUGACUGUAUUAAAGAAAUUAGUGGUGCGUAAUAUUCCUUCAACGACGUCAGAAGAAGAGGUUAGGGAAAUGUUGAAGGGAUACGGCAUUGGUCACGAGGUUAUAUGGCGCUUUGUACCCGGUCGUAACCGACGCAAAAACAAUCGUGAGCCAAUACCUGCGAGACUUUAUUUGGACAUGAACAAAGAGCCAGAGAAAAUCAAAACACUUAUUGCAGCAUUGCAUGGACAGCUAUUUUGCUAUAACGUGAAGGAGAAGACAGAUAUUAAGCCACUGGAGGUAGAAUUUGCCCCGUUUCAGAAAAUUCCACGUGAAAAACAGCGAAAAGACGCUAAAAUAGGAACAAUUGACCGUGAUCCAGAGUAUAUGGCGUUUUUGAACGAGUUGUCCAAGCCAAAAGACAAACUUCCUAGUGCCGAAACAGUUGUGGAUAUGGCAGAGGGUGAGACGGUGGAAAAGCCUGUGGCGGCGUUGGUGAAGUACCUGAAUGAAAGGAAGGUUCACAGCCGUGAUAAGGGCAAAGGAAAAUCUGGAGGAAAAUCAUUUGUCAAGAAUGCGCGUCGACAGAAGGGAAAGAAAGCGAGCUCUAAGCAAAAAUCGACGAAAGAGAAGUCGAAACCUUCAAAGGAUUGCAAAAAGAAAAGCAGCAGUGAUGCAACUGAACUUAAAAGUGGCAAGCAACACGGAAGAGCGUCUUCGAAGAAGGAAUCAACGAAACAAGAACCGGCAGAGCCUGGCAUGUUGCGUAUCAUGAUUUCCAAGUCUGUUGCUGCGGUUGGCGAUUCAGCUCUUCCCCCCGCUGGGACUGCGCCCUCUACCGAUGCUUCUUCGGAACGCGGAUCAGAGAAGCGUUCCUCCAAAGGCGGCAAGAAAAAUGGCAGCCGUGGACGCACCAACCCCCGAAAAAGUAAAGAUGGAAUUGAUGGGGCUGAAGGUGAAGGUACCAAUUUGAAACCACAUGCACGUCGUAAAGGUGGAAAUGGUGGCAAGAAGGAGCCGAGAAGCAAGGGCGAACGGAAGAAGGUGUUUGCGCCAAAGGAUGCAACUCUGCAAGGCACGCCUUCCAAAAGUUGA